CGCGGAAGAAAAUCCCCAGCACAGAUUCCCUCGAAUUGCGAAGAUGAGUAUAGAGCUUCGGUUACUCCUCAAACGAAAAAUAUUUACGGCGUAUAAUUUAAUAAAUAGUGAAGACAACAGCGAAGAAAAUGAAGAAGUGCUCGCGUUUGGGGAAGCAGAGGAAGAUUAUACGAAGACUUCCUACCUGCACACAUUUUGGAAUAUUUUCAAUGCAAAUCAAGGAGUUGCCAUCCUUGCUAUGCCGUAUGUUAUCAAAAAUGGAGGCUACGCUGCGAUAUUCAGCAUCAUAGCUGUGGCCGUUAUUUCAAAUUUCACGAACAAGAGACUAGUGGAUUGUCUUUACGAGUACACAGAACAAGGAGAAAAGUUUCGAGUUCGAAGCAGUUACGUUGAGAUUGGAGAGGCUUUUGCUCCUAAGUAUGGUCAUCAUUUGGUCAACGCUGCUCAGAUGUUUGAACAAGUGUCUUACUGUACAUUGUUGUUGAUUCUGUGUGGUUCAAUCUUGGAGUCCACAUUCCCGUUCACGAGCCUUUCUCAAAGCGAUUGGACGGCAAUAGCAGCUAUUGCCUUGCUUCCUAAUGUCCUUCUAAAAUCGCUAGCCGAUGUAUCUUGGGUGAGCUUUAUUACUGUAAUUAUUGGGGAAGUUAUCUAUCUGAUUGUAUUCUUCUACGGGUUUUGGCAUCAUCAACGAUGGGACGUUGCGUCGAUGCCGCCAUUCGCGCUCAAGAAGUUGGGCGCCGCUGUGGGGAUUGUCGUCGUAAGCUACUCCUCUCAACCCUACAUGCCUGCCAUAGAGGGAAGUAUGCAACAUCCAAGUAGGUUUAACAGUGUGAUGGACGUGACGUAUAUCGCUGUAACCUUCGUCAAAGUCUUCUUCGGUUUCACUGGGUACCUGACAUUCACACAUGACACAGAUCAAGUCAUUACUAACAACCUUCCCGAAGGAGUUCUUCAUAUCACUGUUAACUUACUUGUCCUGUUCCUAGCAGUGACGUCCUACACUAUUCCCGUCUACACGGUGUUUGAUAUUCUUGAAAAUAUUUCCUUCCCUUGUGGACAAAUGGACAACCCGAGCGAUGCCAAAGGCAAGGACAAACUGUCUUACAUCCAAGCCCUCGUAGCAAGACUUUGUGUCAUUUCUUUCACACUUCUCGUAGGAGUUUUAAUCCCCCAUUUCGGAUUGUACAUGGCGUUAGUAGGUAGUUUUACAGGGAUGUGCUUGGCGUUCAUUUUCCCGGCUUUAUUUCACAUGAAGAUCUGUUAUUCACGUAUGGAAUGGUAUGACUUUUUUAUUGAUUCGUUUGUCGCGAUAUUCGGUGUCGUUGGAGCCAUCAUUGGCUGUCACUUCUCAGUGUUAGCACUUAUUUCAGUUUACCAAAAACACGACUUGUAGGGCAAAAUCAGAAUCGAAAAUUAUAAGAAAGCUGAUACAGGGGAAAAUGUGGGGAAAUACACGAUAUGCUGUAUUUAAUUUAGCUAUUCACAAGAUAUUAUGAGUGCCUAUGAAUUAAAUAUCGAGGAAAUGCCAGAAAUGUGGGAAAAUAAUGUAAUGACACAAAACCCGAAAUAUCUGAUGGUUUGCCGGCGGAUUUCYUAUGCGAAAUUCCCCAAAAUUUUUGUCCAAUAAACAAUAAAACCAAAAAAAUCAAAAUCUU